UGCUCGUCGGACAAGAGCGAGUUGCGCGAUCCGUGUGCGCAGUCACAUUUCUAUCUGGCAGCAGAGUGGGAUUGCAGACUGCAAUGAUGGCGGCCACCAGCGAGGAACGGAUUGUUAUGGAGCCUUCGAGGACAAAUUGUGGACAGACUCAAGUCGUGGAUCGUCUGAAAAUGCUAUAUCCGAUGGUCAACGAGGAAGAGACGCCAUUGCCUCGAUCCUGGAGCCCGAAGGACAAGUACAACUACAUAGGACUAUCACAAAAUAAUCUUCGCGUUCACUACAAAGGUUAUGGAAAGACACACAAGGACGCAGCAAGUGUUCGCACGACGCAUUCGAUACCGGCGGCCUGUGGUUUGUAUUAUUUCGAGGUGAAGAUCGUGAGCAAAGGAAGAGAUGGAUACAUGGGUAUCGGGCUCUCAGCACAUGGUGUGAACGUUAAUAGAUUACCAGGUUGGGACAAGCACUCAUAUGGAUAUCAUGGCGACGAUGGCCAUAGCUUUUGCUCGUCGGGUACAGGCCAACCUUAUGGACCUACCUUCACCACCGGAGACGUCAUCGGUUGUGGUGUCAAUCUCGUUGAUAACACUGCAUUUUAUACUAAAAAUGGUCACCACCUUGGAAUAGCCUUUACGGAUCUUCCUCCAAAUCUCUAUCCAACGGUCGGUCUGCAGACACCAGGAGAGGUAGUGGAUGCAAACUUCGGACAAGCACCGUUUGUCUUCGACAUCGGGGAUAUGAUCAAUGAACUGCGCGUACGAACGAGAUUACAGAUCAUAAACUAUCCGACGCCGGAUCAUGGCCAGGGUCAGUGGCAGGCCGUCCUUCACAAAAUGGUGUCUACGUAUCUCGUCCAUCACGGGUACUGCGCCACCGCUGAAGCCUUCGCCAACAGCACGGGUCAAGUCUUUGAGGAGGACUUCAAUUCCAUAAAAAAUAGACAAAGGAUUUUAAAACUAGUACUGGCUGGACGUAUGGGCGAAGCAAUAGAUUUAACAAGCCGAUUAUAUCCCGGACUUCUAGAACGGGAUCCUAAUUUGUUAUUCGCAUUGAAAUGUCGUCAAUUCGUCGAGAUGGUAAACGGAAGUGAUUCUGAAGUCUGUCAAACUACCAACGUUAAUCAGACUAGUGUCAUACAGUCUACCAAAGCUUAUGCGAAAUCCUCAACGAACGGUAACGUAGAAGAAAUGAAUAUUAAUAACACGAUGAACGGUGCCAGUGAGCAGCAAUUUGUUAACGGCCAAAUCGAAGAAGAUGUCGACAUGGAAGAGAAUAAUAUGGGUACGAUGAAUGGUAUCAAGAGUAGUAAUGGCUAUCAAAAUGGUAAUCUCAAUGCGAACGGUUUCAAGUGUCAAAAUGGAGAGGACGUAGAUAUGGAGAUCGAUGGUGCCAAUCAGAAUCAGCAACAAAACGGCAAUUGCAGCAUUAACAAUGACGUUGUUGUGAAUAAAAAUAAAAAGCAAUUAUGCGGCGGUAAUAAACAAGCUAUUGAAAAAAUGUUGGAGUUUGGUAGACAACUCUAUUCGCAAUCGAUACAUUUGAGGCAACAACAUGGCAAGAAUGAAGGAAACAAAAAAAUGUUACAAGAUGCUUUCAGUCUCUUAGCAUAUGCAAAUCCAUGGAACUCGCCUGUUGGUUGGCAAUUGGAUCCCCAGCAACGAGAAACCGUUUGCGCGAGGUUGAAUUCUGCUAUACUUGAAUCUAGCAAUCUACCUCGUCGGCCGCCUCUAGAAGUAGCAGCAUCUCAUGCAAGAGAGUUAGUCCGCUUAAUGUCAACUGCUGGUCUCGGCGCGUGCGGUUUCGCGGUUGUAGAUAAUAUCAUUCAAUAUUGACGGUGCCUCCCUCUGCUGCCACGUCCCCCUCUUCUACCAGCUCGCGUAUGGAUGCGAAGACGGAACGUGGAGCAGAUUAUAUUGUUGACGCAGCAACAUCGCGAUGUCGCGUGCCUCUUUAGCUAGAGCAACCGCAUUUGUUGUCGGUGACUCGGCGCGAUCUCACACCACAGACACGACACAAGGUGAACCUUCAAACCUGCCAACCAAAAUGACACUUCACAUUUUUAGCUUAAAUUGGGGGAAAGGGGGACGGUCACUUUGGAAUCCGCUAAGAUAAGAGCAGAAAAGCGGCAGAUCGGUGUGUGUUCCCUCGUUUCCAAAUGGUUGUCAAGAAAACAUGUGACUUUUUAUAACGAAGUAACAUAAAUAUCUCACAAAGUAAAAGAUCCUUAUUUUCGAACGAACCAUUGAAGAAAGUAAAAGUCCGUGAAGGAAAUAAAUCUUUUCAGUUUGCCUUAGGUAAAGAAAUAAUAUUUUCAUUACAUAUAUAAUUAAAUAUAGUUCUCGUAUUUUUUUUUUUAAAUUCAACGAUCAUAGGUUAUUCGAUUCCAUUCGAUUGGAUCAUAUUUUCUAUGUGAUAAAAACUAACUCGGGAGAACGUCAUUAAAAUAACUAUUCAUAAAUAUUAAUAUCAAAUUCUGAUAUUUUUCUUAACGUUCAUUUCAAUUGCAUCCAUGUUGCUCAUUUAUAGUCUCAGCAAGGAUAUAUACAAUAUUUGAAUUCUUAUUAUUAGUAUACAUAUAUAUAUGUAUAUAUUUUUUCUUCCCUAAUUAUUAUAUAUAGGGAAUAACAGAAAACUUGCAGGAAUGCUCUUAAAAUAAUGGUUGUGUGGUAAGUUGAAAAUAUUUUCAGUCAUAUAUUCUGGUUAAAGGUAUAAAACAAAAAUUUCUUUUGCGUUUUUAGCAAGAUUAUUUGGUACUCAUGAGAUACAUCCAUUAUGUGGCACAAAAGCAAUGGUCACAAUUGCACGGAUAUUUACAAGUCAAUUCUUUUGUCACAAUAGAACUCUUGUGUAUCGUAACAAAGAACUUUAGAUGCAAGAUUAUGUUCAUCAAUCUCCUGUUUAUCUUUCAAGUCUCUUAUUAAUUCAUUAUUCUUCCAAAUGAUUUCAUUUGUAUCUGUAAGUUUCUUUCGUAGUUUAAUAUUUUCUUCCUGUAAUAAGUUCAACCUAUAAAAGAACAAUUAAAUGUAUAUAUAAGAUAAAGGAUAAAAAAAAUAAUCAAAAUAUUUAGUAAUAACUUUAUUUUUAAUUGUUCAAUUUCUCUCUCCAUGUUAUUUGUAAUCAUUAUACUUUCAUUUAAAUUUUGUAAUUGCUUUACUAAUUGAUUUAUCUCUUCACAUUUUUCUUUCAAUUCGUCACUUCUUAUACUACAUUCCUUUAGUAAUAAAUUUUUAUUAUCAAUAAGAUUUUUGUUCUUAAAUUUUAACUCAUUACAUUCUGUAAUAUACGCCGAUAAUUUUACAUUAUUUGAUGUAAGUGUAUCUUGUAAUUCUUUUAUCAGUUGAUUUUUUUGAUUCAGUUCAAUAUCAAGUACUCUGAAAUUUUCUUUAAUUAUAUCCCAUUCUGAUUUUUCUGGUUUUACACAAUCACCUUCACCCAUUCGAACCUUUUCUUUUAAUCGAGAAAUUUCGGUAUCCUUUUCUAAAAUCUUUUGUUGUUUUUCUACUACUUCUUUCACUAUUUGUGUAUGUUCAUCUCCAAAACCUUCAUAAUUGAUUAAGAAUAUAUAAUAUAUCAAAUAUUAUUUUCUUCAAGUAAGUAUAUUUUACCUUGAAGAGCUGUAGAUAACUCAUUCAUUUUUAUAAUGGAACGUUUAAAUUGAAUUGUAAAAAUUUUAUCAAUGUACUCAUCAUGUAGAUUUAACAAUUCCUCAUUAAUUAAAGUUUUUUGCAACUCUUUAUUUGAAGAUAUUAUAAAUGGUUUAUGUUUUUCAUAAUUUUGUUUGUAUUUAUUAUAUAAUUCAUAAAUUUGUUGCCUUUUAAUAUCCUUAUCUAUGAAGUUAUAGUCAUAUAAGUUAUAAAAGUAUUGAGUUAAAAGAUAAAGAAAAUAUACCUGGUGACCACACGAUUACUGAGUUAUUUUCCAUUAAAUAUUUAUAAAGGCUAUGAAUUUGUUUAAUUAAAGAUGGCCGUUCAUUUUCAGUAUAUAUCUGUAAUUGCUCCAUAAGAGAUUGCAUUUUUAUAAGUGAUCUUGAUACUUCUUCGACUAUAGUAUUUUCAAUAUUUACAUUAUUAUUGGUAGUUAAUAUUGAUACUUCAGUCUAUAAUUUAAUAUUAUUCAGGAUAUAUUACAGAGUUAUAAUCGUUUAAUAUUUUUGAUAUAAUUAAUAUAUUAUAAUUAUAAGUAAGUAAAUUACUUUUGCUGAAUUCCAUGAGUCUGGUUCAGAAGUAUCUUUAUUCGAAUGAUUUUCAAAAUCAAUGUAUUCAUACAUUAUCGCAUUAUUAAUAGUUUCAGUUUCUGCACAAUUAAGUUGCAUAUUUGCAAAUAGAUCUUUUUGUGAUGUCUGUGUUUUUUUGAACAUCAUUAUAUUUGAUUCAUCAACUAAAAUCAAAAUAAAAGAUACAUUUUUAUUUCUAUUUUUUAAUGUUUUGAAGCAAUUUAUUUGUAUUGUUAAUAAUAUACCUUCUGAAUUUGAAUUAGAUGAAAUAAAGUGAUAAUUCAAAUGAGAACUACAUAUAGAUUCUUCAGAGUAUUUCUUAACAUUUUUUAUGUGUUGUAAAGAUUCUUUAUGUUCCAGUUUAGAUCUUUGUAAUUCCUCCAUUACGGUGCAUAAUGUACGUUUGGUUCGUUCACAAGUAUCGUGUUCACAUUUUACACGACUAUCUUCAUAUGCGAUUUUAAAUUCUUCUAAAUUAUUCAAACUAUUUUUUAACUUAAUUGUGAAAUUAUUAAUUUCUUGUUCCAUACAAUGAAGUUGUUCUUCAUAUUUUGAAAUUGUAUUAUCUUUUUCUAUUAUUUCAGUUUGUAACUCUUCUAAUAUAUUGGUCAUUCUAUUCUGUUUAUAAAUAAUUAUUACGUUAUGAUUAUUGUAAUAUUUAAAUAUACAUAUAAAUAAUUGUCUUAUAUAUUUAAAAAGACAGAGAAAGAAACUUUACCUCCUGAUCAUUAUGAGUACUCGACGUUUGCUGUAUUAAUAUCAGUAGACGCUUUAUUUCAUCCUCUUGAUCACUAAGUAUACAUUUUUGUUCAAGAUUUUGCUUUUGUAAUUCAUCUUUUUCACGUAAAACUUCUCUUAAUUGAUCAAGAGCAAAUCGACAAUUUUCUGCUUCUUUUGAAAGAUGUUCCGUUUCUUUUAGUUUUUCCUAUAUGAUGAUGUGAUUAUUACAACGUUAAAAUUUUUUAAUUUUUCAAUUCAGGAUGUAGUAUUAUAAAUUACCAUAAGUGAAUCUCUUUCAGCAAGUAAAAUGGCAGUAUCUUUAACAUGUGAUCGUAAUUUUUCAAUUUCUUGUGAUUGUAAAAAAGAAACAUCAUACUUUUUAUUUAGCUCUAUUUUCAAUCGUUCCAUUAUACGUGUAUUUGUGUAUAACUAAACAAUAAAUAUUAAUUUUAUAAUGCAA